AUGCUCUCGGCCUCAACCAAACACUCCUUGGGAUCGUCUGAACGAUUUGAAGCGGAUAGACGAGCUGAGAGCCAGUAUCAGGAAGUAUCAGGAGACAAUACAGAUGCCAGACUCUAUAAAAGUCCGCAAAACUGCCCGAAAGGGCUGCAUUUCCCGAGAGAAGAAUCUCGAGGGCUUCUUGAAGGGAAGCUGUGCAGCUCUGGAAUGGUUGCUAGACAGCUCAAAUGGGCUACUUUUAUACUCAUCAAGUCUGAUGGUACCGAGGCGCCAUCGAAGGUGGGGCAUUCAUCAUUUGUUUUGUUUUGA